AUUAUUUAAUUCAUUAUUUCGAAGGGGCGACAAACGCGUGAAGGGAAGAGAGAAGGGGCGAACUCUUGGCGCACGAGAUCAGACCUGUUGCUUGCUGCCGCUAGCCACGGUAUCUAACAUGGCGGACAACGACAAACAACAAGACGCCAACAACAACCCCGGCCGCCCGUCGUUCACUUCCUUCUGGAAGCGGUCAAGGGAAGCGCUAUCAGCAUCAGCCCGCCGCAACAUCACGUUCGUCUCGGACGAGAGCGUGGGACAGGAGGGACGUGGACACGGACACGGACACGAUGGGACAGCAGCAGGAGCACAAGAGGGCGGCGGUUCCUCGACCAGCACCCAGACGCCCCAAGACAAGGCCAAGCUACGCCGGGCCCAAGUCCGCAAGGCCCAGCUCCAGCACCGACAGCGCAAGGCACACUACAUCAACCAGCUCGAGGCCGACGUGGCCCGCAUCCGCGACAUGAUCUCCCAGACGGUGCACGACGUGCAAGUCCUGCGAAGAGAGAAUGGCGUCAUGAGAGCGCGGGUCCAGAGACGGCGGCAGGAGCGAGCGGAGGUCCAGCACGGCUUUGAUGUGACAACAGCCGCCCCGUUUGCCGCCACGACGACCAUCACAACCGCAUCAACAGCAACCAUCACCGUGGCCAAUGUCUUGCCGCCGCUAAACUUCUUGCCGUCGUUAACUGCCGACUCGCUGUCGUCGCUGCUGGCCAUGGACGUGGACGAGCCGGGGCCGCUCGAGGACAUCACGCUGAGUUUCGGCUUCGACGACGCGACAAACCAGCCGUGCUACCAUGUCAGCAGCUCGCCGAGCUCGAGCCACUAUGAGAGCUCAAAUGGGCAGCUCAGCUUGCAUAAAUAUCUGCCCGACCCUGGCCCCGAACCCGCCGUUGUUGUUGCUACUGCUGUUACUACUUCCUCCGCUGUGGAACCUCCCCUCAAGCAGCGGUCGACCCCGGCGAGCUUGUCCGACAUGACUCCCAAGCAGACGCAGGAAGCCAUCAACUUUAUACUCUCACUAGAGCACAUCUGCCGGGCUCACUUCCGGCAGUCCAACUUCCAGCCCGAGGUCGCUGCCCUGUCCAGCCGCGCAUCGGGUCAUACUAUGAUGGCGACAACACUGGCUCUACGAACGGCACCCCCGCAAGUGUUCAGGGCGGCCUCGCGCUCGCAGUUCCCUUGGGGACGGCGGCGGCGGCGGCGUGGAGGAGAGCAAAGCAUGACGCAGAACACAGACGGGGACGAAGAAGAGGCUGCCGACACGCCUCAACGAGAGGAUGAAGAAGAUGACGAUGACGGCCACAACCAUGACCAUGACCACGAAGAUGUCCCGGUGCUGAACCCCGCAGCCAGCAGCGGCGGCGGCGACAUGGGGCUGUCGUGGCAGGCGUCAGGGCUCACGCUCCACACACUGCACGGGCUCGCAUCAUCGCUCGUCCCGGGAGACAUUGAGGUCACGCCCGUGCAGGCAUGGUUCGAGCUUGCUGCACGUCACCCCGUCGCCCUGCUGCUCCGCGCGGAUAUCUUGGCUGCCCUCAAGCGCGAGCUGCUCGGCGUUGUCAAGUGCCCCCACUUUGGCGCCGUCAUGGAGCGCGCCGCUUUUGAGAGUGUCGUCGCGAGGGUUCUGGGAGGAGGAUGGGACGGCGAUGGGGACGACGAGUGAUGUGUGUCUUUUUUACCUUUUUGGGAGGGUCGGGUAUAAUGCCUAAUGAAGGCCGGGAUUUUACUUGCCAGGCAGGCAGUAGGAAGUGUGAUGGAUUGGGGCACAACAUCAUUAGGUAGCGAAACUAAAAAAAAAAUUAACUGGCGGAAAGGGCUGGGAGGGUCUGGGAGACCGUAACUCCCGUCGGUACAUACAGCAGGGUACUCGUAGACAUGUUUCUCUGCGCAGUGCCUAUGCAUGGGAUAGCUCUGUUAUACCAGUUUGACGGAACCACAUUUGU